CGAAUACCUAUUCCGCCUCGUACGCAGAAGCCUCGAGUUGACGGUGACCGACCGCUCUCAAGUGAACACUCUCUCCGGGGCUAAAUUCCAGAUUGGCUGACAUUCCCAUUGGCCUGCUUGUCGCGUCUAAGCCCAAACGAGUGAGGUUCAUCUCCCCGUUCAUCGAUCGGUUACAUUUCCAGCAAGCGCCUGCUGCGUGGGUAGGUGGGGGACGGGUAGCAUAUGGCCCCCUGACGGUGUGCCGAUCCGCCAGCCCGUCCAUAUGCAUCCUAGCUCGCAUCUUUCACCAACAGUCCCAUCUUGUCCAUGGGGCGGCGGACUAGUCUCAGGUUUUUGUUCUUCCGGCUGUCAUCAAAGAAACAAGAGAACUUAGACAAUGCACCUCUUUUGCUCCCGGCUUUGUUGUUGUUUUCCCACCAAAAGGCUUGAGUUGCAGCAAGUCUUGUCGACCGAGCAAGUGACGCGAAGGAAACAUUGACAUCUUUUUUUUCUCUCUACCUACGCGCCGACCCUCAUACCCAUACCUAUAAUGCUUAUCUCUAUCAGGCAUUGGAUCUGAGACGCAUUAAGAGAGAGCUGCCCGCUUGAAUGCGUAGUGCGGCGCCACCAUGACGAAUAUCGGCCCUUUAACGACGACCUUCACACCACCAGCCAGUUGUACCACCAACACCCCCCAAAUAUAUCAGGUCUGGAAGGGGACCGCAUCCGAAUACAUCCACGGUCCUCUCUACACACCUGAUUCGAAUUGCUUUCCUGAUGGUUACGUUGCGAACCCAUCCUACUACUACAACCCCGGCUCUUGUCCCCAGGGAUACACGACAGCACCAUGUUCGCGCUCUGGGCUGCCUGUGACAGACACAGAGGCAGCGGGUAAGACUCAAACGGCAGUUGUGUGCUGUCCGAGCGGAGCUGCCCUCACAUUUACCUGCGCCGACGACACCGCUCAGGCACUAGCAUGUACCACAUCCUUCCCCAAGGGAGCCGAGGUUCUGAUGGGUGUGACUGUCGUAUCCGAUGGAACCAUCGGACCUCACACCACCGUAUCCGAGCGACGAGGCGGCAUCGGCGCCUAUGGCAUCCAGGUCGUCCUUGGAGCAAUGUCAGACGGGGGGCACAUCCAACCCUCGGAGCAGGAUAACUCCGGCAUCAUGGCAACCGCUACCUCCUUACCGACGACACCUCAACCAACAAUCACCGACGACCCAUUAGCAACGUCGACGAGCAGUAGUAGCGGCGGUGGCGGCGGCGUAAGUACCGGCGCGGCCAUUGGUAUCGGCGUUGGAUCCGCAGCCGUCGCCCUCCUCGCUGCCGGCUCCGUGGGUUUCCUCUUCUUUAAACGCUGGUGGCGGAAAAAGCGACUACUACGGCGUAGAAGAACCAUUGAAAACAUUGGAACCCUCAGCAGCAGCAAAGGCGAUGGUGGUGAUGGUGAUGGUGUUGCUGAUCUCGUCAGCAUCAUCAGCAACCCCCCGCCCGUGCCGCCCAAGGACCUGCAACCUUUUUUCGAGCUAUCGGGAGAGGUCUCGUCCACCGUGGCGGCGUCGGAGUGUGGUCAUCAGCCAUCGAGACACAUGAGCCGGUUCUCCAUGUUCAAAUGCGGUACGCCUACUACGCCGCCACCUGGACACCCUGCCGAGGCGGAACAAGCUCAUUUGUCACCGGUCUGGCCGCCGAGUGCGAGUCACCAGAGUCGGAGUGGCAGUCCGAGUCACCACGCGUACAGCCGACCCGUCGAACACCCCGGGCACCAAUUUGCCGAAUUGGAAGCGGAGGUGCCAAUUGAGGCGGCGAGUUCGGACAUGCCGUCAUCGGCAGAACCGUCGUUGACGACACCGAGUAAAUGGUAGAGCUUGCAGACUUGAAGAAAGAGCCGGACCGGUACAUAGUACUCAGCCGGCCGGCGAACCUUGAUGGCUUUCCAGAAGGAGGUACGAUUAGCAGCAUUACGAUAGAGACGGGGAGAGGGGGAGCGAGAAAUGUCACCAACGCCGUGGAUCUAAUGCAGUCGAAUCAGUUGUUGGCCGGAUUGUGAGGCCCUGGACAAUCGACAGAGGGGGGGUUCAAAGUGCAUAACAGGGAGGAUAAGAUAAAAUGCAAGACAAAAGCAAUUGGGAUCGGCAGAGACGCAUACAUUACAGCCAGCCCAAGGCCAAGGCUGUGCUAGUCCCAACCAAACGUCGUUGAGACACAUCCUCGAAGAUUUCCGACACGAUAUCCCGAAAUACGCGGGCGCAGCAUGGCUGACAAGCGGCCGAUGAAGUUUAAUGGAAGAAGUAAGCUUGGACAUACGACGAUGAUGCGUAAUGAGUUGGACUUUGGACGGAUGAUGUCGAGCCCGUAUCUCAAUCAGGACAGAGAAAGCGAUAUAGUAGCACAAAGGUGAACAAGGCUACCUCUCGAUCCGCUCGAUCAACUAGCUGUUUUUUUCUCGGUGUUUCAUUACUAGAUGUGGAUUAUGUAUACGGAGUUUAGGUGCCUAUAUGGUUUUAUCAUUAGCAUGUAUAUACCAUAGUGUUUAUUUUUAGUGUCAAAAGACACCCCCGUAUUAGCAUUGGAUAUGUCUCUUUUCAC